AUGACACCCCUGAAGAUGCUGCUCCUGGUCGCCCUCCUCUUGGGGGUUUCCCUGCAGGACACCCAGGCAGCUCGAGCUCCCAAUGUAGGCCUGGCAUGCUGCAAGAACUUCUACAGAAAACCCAUUCCUCUCCGAAGGCUGGUCGGGUGGGACCGGACCUCAGAAGAGUGCUCCAAGAUGGCCAUCGUGCUUAUAACUGUCCAGGGCAAGGCCAUCUGUACCGACCCCAAGGACCCAAAGACGAAGAGGGCAAUCAAAUACUUGCAGAAAGUCACGCGGCCACUUGGCUCCCCUGACUGGGAGUCCUGACUGCCCCCUGGACUUCGGGCCGCCAUGCCCACCCCCGGACCCCGAGCUUCCCGGGGCCAGCAGAGGCCCGAGGCGCAUGAAGACGUUUCUUUCCAAACUGGAACUGUUCCUUGAAAAAGUAAAG